AUGGCUGAUAGGAACAAUGAUUGGGCUGACAAAUUACCUUAUGCCUUAUGGGCUUAUCAGACUUCUAUUAGAACUCCAACUGGGGCAACUCCAUACUCUUUAGUAUGUGGGAUGGAAGCAGUCCUCCCGGUUGAGCUAGAGGUCCCCUCUCUUAGAAUCCUCAUGGAGAGUCAGAUUCCAGAAGUGGAUUGGCUCAAGUCGAGGUACGAGGAGUUGAAACUCAUUGAUGACAAAAGGAUGAAGGCAAUGGACAACAUAAAGAAAUAUCAACUGCGAGUUGCAAGGGCUUUCAAUAAAAAGUCCACCCACGUUCCUUGGAAGUUGGAGAUUUGGAAAUCCGAGUUGUGUUUUGUUGCUCCCAUUAUUAUCAUGGAUGUUGCUUUCCGUCGAUGGAUGGUAGGAAUGAGGGACGACGACCCUGAAGUCCUUAAAGAAGUGCACCUUUAUGCACUCUUUCAGCUCCAGCGCAUUAGUCCAUGUCGUUCUUUGAUACAUGAGGCAUCUCGUUUCUAG